AUGGUAAUUGUUCCCGCUGUUAAAGGUGGAAUGAGGAGGAAACAUCAUCGAGCAUGGACCCUUGUUGAGGUAACGAAAUUGAUUGAAGGUGUGUCACGUUGUGGACCAGGGAAGUGGUCUGAGAUCAAACGGCAAUCCUUUUCCUCAUACUCAUAUCGUACCUCUGUUGAUCUCAAGGACAAGUGGAGGAAUUUGCUCAAAUCUAACUUCGCUCAUACACAAUAG